AGAGACGAUUACACAUGCGGUCGAUUUAAAAAACAACAAGUCAAAGGCCGUACGUGUUGUAUUUGGUGUAACUUCGACACAAAUUUAUUUUUCUUCUUCAUUUAUGUUUUGAAACGGACAGUUCACUAUGCAUCCUAGUUUCAGAUGUAAACGAGUAAUCAAACUUUUAUGCAAGUUUUGUGAUACUUGUAUUUGUAACCGUGGAAUGAAGGCAGUCUUGUUGGCUGAUACGAACGUGCAGAUGUACUCAACGGAUAUGCCUCCUUCAGGGAAAGUAGAUGUGAUGGGAAAAAGUUUCUCAACGCCUAACUGUGAUUGCAAAAUUAAAGAGGCAGGAUGUACCUCUUGUGGUAAUGUUGUAGGCUAUCAUGUUGUGACGCCAUGUUUAUCCUGUCUAAAAGCAUGCAAUAAUGGCCAUACCUGGAUGUUCUACAGUGAAUCAACUUGGGCAUUUGAAAGGCUUGAUGAAGGUUUAAAUCAUUUACAAUGGGAUAAGCUACCAUCUGCUGAUGAGGCAACCCCACUGGACCCAGUCUUUGAGUGGAUAGAAGAUUUUGAAUGUUGUAGAUGAAAUACUGGAAGAGAGAUUUAAUAGAUUUCUAGAGCACAAGAGAAGGGCUCCAAGUAUUGAAGAAUGAUUGAACAUAGUAAUAGUAGUCGCUGUGUAUUCAGAUUAUACAUAAGAGAAACCAGGUACCGAAGUUGCACUCGACUUGGCAUUUUGUUUUAAGAAAAUGUAUGCUUUUUUUUAUAAGUUUUAGUGGUCUAAAGACAAAAUCGAAAAUGGAAUUCUGUAAAAUUAUAUUUUAAGAAACUUAUUUUCCCCAAGUGCAAUAUUGUAGUUGACUAUACUGUUGUGGUGUUUCGUCAUUUAAAAAUACUGUAUACAAAUUCCCUCCAUUUUCUGUAAAAUGUAACUGUAACAGAUGCACACGAUUCACUGUUUAGUGUAAGGAUAUUCUGAUAUAUAUUUAUUAAUUAAAACUUUAGCAUUACAACUCUGAUCUUGUUAAAUUACAUUAACAAAUGUAUUACUGAACAGGAAUCAGAAUAUUACUGGAAAGUCCUAUUUACUAAGUGUUCCAUUUACCAUGUACCCUAUUUACCAUGUGCCUUUCCUUCCAAUGCCGUGGUGGAAUACUAAUUUAAAUAAAGGAUGUCUAAAGCCGAGCACACACUACGUCGGCACCGUUCUGCAGAAAACACGAAGAGUGCACAAUGGAUAAUUUUUAACGGCAUCCACUCGGUAAAUGGCAUCGCAUUGUAAAAUGCUCACAUAGGGCGAAGAUGGAUUCAUCAGCCGACUCAGUGCGUGCCGGGCAUUAGAAUACCUGCCAUCUAUAUCCAAUAGCAAGGAUAACAUAACUUUACAUGCUGAGACAUUAGUAUUAGGCUCAAUACAUACAAGUCUAAAAAUAUAAUGUGAUGUAUUUUUAUACCCAUCUUAUGCAAGCGUGUUAUAUAGAACGCAAUUUAUUAACCUAGACAUUUUUUAAUGUAAAGUUUAAAAAAGUAAACUAAGUUUCACAUGAUGAAACAAAAACAUUAUUUUGAAAAGAAAAUUAAGAACAAAUGUGAUUAAAUAUAUACUGUACUCAUACAA